AUGUCUGGACGGUUCAAGUGGAUUUCACGGACCAGUGAAGCAAAACUAUCAAGUGCCAAAUGCAGUAUCUCCCUAUCUCCCAGAACACAAUGUUAUCAGAAAGAAGAGCUCAGACACACCAAUUUUGCUCUUUACGAUCGAACUAUUGAAGAAUUCAAGAAGCCUUUCAAAGACUUCGAUUCUCCUGUGAGACAGAAGGGUUUGGAAUUGGUUUCCAUUGAAAAACAUGUUGUGCAGUGUGCACACAAGGAGAGAUGGAUGAGAGAGAAGGGAGACCCCAAAGAACAUGCCAAACGCUAUGUCGCUACCAUGCGUUCCUGGAGCAAUGCAACUUUGAUAUCAGGGCUGUCAGAUUCGCGGUCUACCGAGGAAAAAUCCAAGAUCGUGGAUGAGCUUUAUCAUCGCUAUUAAUCAUUGGUAGCCAAGAACCCUGAGGAUCAUGGCAUAGAUUUUGUACAAGCCCUCAUUGUAAUACGGAAGAAACAAUAAACUGUACAAAAAAUUCAAUAGUAUUAGAGUGCAAAUAGAGUGGUUUUCAUAAA